AUGAAAGUAGUGGUAUUUCACCGGCGAUUUUCAUCUCCCACUUAUGCUACACCUCUCAUGUCUCCUUACAGUGCCAGACUAGAGUCAAGCUCAAUAGGGUCUUCUUUCCCCGCUAAUUUUUCCAAGCCCGUUCCCUUGGCAGUGUGGUAUUUCACCGGCGAUUUUCAUCUCCCACUUAUGCUACACCUCUCAUGUCUCCUUACAGUGCCAGACUAG